AUGCUAUUAUUUAAAAAGGUGAAUUCAAAAGUAUCAAGUAUAAACAAUUAUUUACAAAAAUAUUUAGAAUCAAACCAAUUUGAAAAAAACUUAAAAGAAGCUUUAAAUAAUAAAAACUAUGGUGUAUCGAAUAGUCUUUUAUAUGAUUUAUCUAUAUCAACAUAUGAUGCUACAUACUACAAAAGAGUAAUAAGUGAAGUUUUCAAGGCAAUACAAGAAAAGCCAUCAAAAUGGCGACGAAUAUACAAGGGAUUACGACUUUGUGAGUAUGUAAUGAAAAAUGGAUGUGAAUAUUUUAUUAGUGAUGUGAAAGAAAAAGAAGAAUUGAUAAAAAAGCUAGCUCAUUUUACAUAUUUAGAAAAUUUAAGAGAUAAAGGAAUAGGGAUAAGAGAAAUAUCAAAUAAUAUAUUAGCUCUAUUACGAGAUAAUACAUAUUUAAGAAAUGAAAGAAUUGAAGCAGCAAAAUAUGCAAAUUUAUGCACAAAUAUAGAAUCAAAAGUAGUGGAAAAAAAAAGGUUUUUUUUAAAUAAAAAAAAAAAAGGAAAAAAUCAAGAUGAAAACAAUAAAAAAGGUUAUUUUAAAUCAGGAAAUAAUAAUAAAUAUGGUCCACAAAAGGAAUCGUUAGAUCAAAUCAAAUAUGAAAAAUAUGAUUUUAAAAGAUAUGUAAAUGAUGACGAUUAUUAUACUAAUCAUCACACAGAGCCUUCACAAUAUAGAACUAGAAAUUAUAACAAAAGUUCGAUAAAUUAUUCAUCAAAAUCAAGUGUUGAUAAUAAUACAGAAAAUAGUAUUUAUAGCAGUAAUGAGAGUAGUAAUAGUAAUAGUACCAGUAGCAGUAGCGAAAGUAGCAGUGAUAAUAGUAGUGAUAAUGAACCAUCGAAUUGUAAAUCACGUCGAAAUAUAUCAAAAAAAAAAGGUAAAAAAACAAACAAUUUUUAUUCUAAAAGAUCAAAAGAUAUUAAAAGUUCUUCAAGAUCAAAAUCUCAAAGUUUAUCUUCAAGAUCUCAUUCAAAACAAUCAUAUAAUAAUUCAUCAUCUGAAGAUUCGAGUACUUCUUCAGAUUCAACAUCUAAGUCAGGAUCAUCAUCAUCAUCUUCUUCUUCUUCUUCUUCUAAUGAUUCGUCUAAAAAUUUUUCAGAUUUAGACGAUUCAAGUUAUUCACGACGCAAACCACGUCAAAUAGAUAAAGGUGAUAAAUCACGGAGUUGGAAAAGGGAAGUAUCGAAUAGAAUUCGAUAA